GAUGCUUUGGCUUUGGCUUUGGCUUUGGCUCUAUGAGACGAUGCCUAGGACGAUCUCGCCGUGCGGACUGUCUGAGCGCCGAGUCCGGGGGAGCAACUACCUACUUGGUGUUGUAAGACCGAGCAUGAGAAUACCUCGAUACGAGCGCCAUCGACAGACAAACCACACGUACCUCUUACCUCUGCGUCACGACACCGAUAGCAGCGUCUGGCCCGUUCUGCACCCCUCUCACAUGUAGUUGGGUACACUGCAUACAUCGCGUCGCGACCCCGUUUCGUUUCGUUCCGUUCCGUUUUGCUUCGCUUCCUCCUUCAAAAACCCCCUUCCUCCUCCUUUAAAAACCCCCUUCCUCCUUCAAAAACCCCCUCCCUCCCUAUCUCAGCAUGCCGGUACUUGCAAAGCGUCCGCCUGGAAACGCCCCACAGCAAUCAAUCUUCACCCCGUGCAGAUGCUGGUCCUCUCCGUAUAUGCAGCUCGGUGAACUCGGGCAGCGGCAUUCGCCUGCUUCGAGCCUAGCGGCCCGCGUGGCCAUGAUGUCACUCCGCGCCGCGCAGGCCUGCCGGGACGCACGAGUAUGCAGGGGCACCGCUGACGGAGGGAAUCGUACCGAAUAUCAUUUUUUCAUCUCGUUUUGCGCACAGUGUGAUUGUAGAGCCGAGGGUGUGGGGACAUGGGGUGCGGUGGAAAUAGAAACCGUGUUUGCAUGUCCGAGGUUCGGUGGGUGGGGGUUGCUCCUGUGGCGGGUCGGUCGAUCAGCUGCGUGGGAGCGUUUCAGCUUUCCGGUACAUGGUGAUAUGUUCCUGUUUGGGGUUCGGCUGUCAGGCUCCCGGCAGAUAGUCGUUGUCACGGCCUCGACACAUGAUCAGCACGGCUACACUGCAUCACACGGAAAUUUGGUGCGGAGGAUAUGUAUUGACAAUAGCGCAGCUACCGUCGUGGUAUAAACUAUAAGAUAUGGUAGAGCGGUAGAGGGUACUAGGGAGGUAGAUGGUAGGAGGUAUGUAGUAUGCAGAAUGCGCAAUUGCUGGGUGCUAGCCUCCGAGGAGUGCUAAUGCAGGU